AUGGGAGGCAAAACUACAAGAACAUUGACCGACUAUAUCCCAACACCUGCACUGGAGGCCAGGCAGCGUGCCCUUAUUGAUUAUGCAGAUGGUGCCCUCAUCGCAAGCAUUUAUUUCUUCUCUUUUGUCUCCUCCCACUCGUUCUCUUCUAAUCCAGAAGACAGGAAGCUGUUUGUGGGAAUGCUUGGCAAACAGCAGAGUGAGGACGAUGUCCGACGGCUGUUCGAGACCUUCGGCCAGAUCGAGGAAUGCACCGUCCUUCGAGGGCCUGAUGGGGCCAGCUGUGCAUUUGUCAAGUUUUCCAGCCACGCAGAAGCGCAAGCAGCCAUCAGCAGCCUGCAUGGUGGGCAAACAAUGCCUGGUGCCUCGUCCAGCCUGGUGGUCAAAUUUGCAGACACAGAUAAGGAGAGGACCCUACGCAGGAUGCACCAGAUGGCAGGCCAGCUCGGAAUCUUCAGUCCCAUGACUAUCCAGUUUGGGGCCUAUGGCGCCUACUCUCAUGCUGUAAGUCUCAGCCCGGCGGGGGAGGAGACGCAGAUGAUGCAACAGCAAGCAGCCCUGAUGGCAGCAACACAAGGGUCCUACCUGAACCCUAUGGCGGCCAUUGCUGCCGCGCAAAUGCAGCAAAUGGCAGCUUUCAAUGUCAACGGCUUGGUGGCUACUCCUAUGACACCGUCUUCAGGUAUAUACGUUAUUCCAGGCACCAGCACACCCCCAGGCAUUUCUGCCACAGCCGUGCCCAGCAUAGCCACCCCUAUUGGGGUCAAUGGAUUCAGUGCCCUUCCGCCUCAAAGCAACGGCCAACCCACAUCCGAGCCCAUCUACACCAAUGGUAUUCAUCCUUACCCAGCACAGAGUCCAACAGUGACUGACCCUCUCCAACAGGCUUAUGCUGGUGUCCAGCACUAUGCAGCAGCCUACCCUGCCGCCUAUGCGCCAAUCAGCCAAGCGUUCCCCCAGCAACCAACCAUCAUUCCCCAGCAACAGAGGGAAGGGCCAGAAGGUUGCAACCUGUUUAUUUAUCACCUGCCCCAGGAGUUUGGAGACGCUGAGCUCAUGCAAAUGUUCCUACCUUUUGGCAACGUCAUCUCUGCCAAAGUCUUUGUGGAUCGAGCAACCAAUCAGAGCAAAUGUUUUGCCCUCUUCACCCCGGUGAAAAGAAUUUUCCCAGACUGCCCACUAUCCUCAAGUCGGGCAACCAAGCAGCAUCCACCCCUGCCUUCCUCACGUCUCACCUCCCACACACUAAACCAGUUCAUCAGGGUGGAGGCGGGGCAGUCGGACAGCCGCACCCUGGAGACCUGCAGCCAGGGAGAGAGCGAGACUCCCAUCCAUGACUUCUCUGGGUUUCUCCUCAACACCAUUCGCUUUGUAAGUUUUGAUAACCCGUCCAGUGCUCAAGCCGCCAUCCAGGCCAUGAACGGCUUUCAGAUAGGCAUGAAGAGGCUGAAGGUGCAACUAAAGCGGCCAAAGGAUGCCAACCGACCUUACUGACUCGUCUGCUGUCCAUACCCAGGAUGAAGGGCCACAACACCUUAUUUCCACAAGUGCAGUAAAAGUACAAAGACUUCUUGUUCUGCUACAUAUCAUGAAGGAAGGGUGGUCCCUUGAUCCUCCAGGAAGGCCGCUGAAAGAUUGGGUGACUGAAAGAAGGACCCCAGAGUUGUUUUUUUUUCUUUUCUUUUCUUCGCAAAUGCCUCUUUUUUCCCUGUUUUGCUUUGGCGUCUGUGGAAGAAGAUUUUUUGCAGAGACCAACUUUUUGCUGCUGUUUUUUAGACAUGACAAGAAAAAAAACCUUUAUAGACUCAUUAUGCUCAAAGCAUGCAUACUGACACAGGAUAUAGAUAAUACACAUAAAAACAGAAAAUAAACCAAACAUACACAUUCAAAGAAGCGACACUUAAAAGAAAAACUCGAAAAUGAAAAAAACAGAAACCUUACUUUGUACAUGUAUAAAUACGUGCAAAUGCCAACACAAGGACUGAAGCGAACUCAUGCGUGUGCGCUCACACAAACACACACAAACACACA